AUGCCUGUACCAGCAGCAAUGGCAAACAACCCCUCAUCACUCCCGCUGCAUAGGAUUCGUUUUUACGAUCAUACACCAUCACCUAUAACAGCAAUCUCAUUCGCUCCUUUACCAUUACCUCCACCCAGAAAUCCAUCUUCAUCCAAAGGCAAAUCGAAGGAUCCGCAACCAGUAGAUCAGAGAGAAGAGUUUGGUGUAUUGAUAUUGGCUAGGGAGAAUGGCGAAGUUGAGAUUUGGGAAUACGUGAAAAGUGAUGAAGGUAAUAAUAUGUGUGGUAAUUGGGUGUUAGAGAAGACUCUUCCGCCUACUUUGACUCAUCCAACUAUAUCAUCAAUAGCUUUGGUCAUCAGAGAUCCAUUGAAUUUUCAUCGCAAAUCAUACGCUGUACCUAAAAUCGAAGAUUUGCGUUUAUUCACAGCUGGAUCGGACUCAACUGACUUGACUGAAAGGUGUCUCUCAAGCGGAAAGAUCCUGCAAACAUACGAUAUUCCAUCACCACCGUUAUGGUCGCUUUCAGUCUCACCAACACAUGAUUUACUAUGUCUAGCAACAUCUUCUGCAUCACUUCACUUCUUGACUAUACCUCAACCUACGAUAUUCGACUCAUCACCUGCUCUGGCACCUCCUCCUUCUCAUCUAUUAAGAUGUGAUACGUUACCGUCCAGAACAAGAACCGUAUCAAUCGCAUGGGGAAUUCCAAAACUUGAAAGGGUCUCAGAUGCUCACUCUGCCCAGGACGAGAACGACGAUGAUCAAUGGGAAUGGAGAGAUAAUUAUUUGAUAACAGGAAAUUCAGAUUCUUCCUUCCGUAGAUGGGAAUUACCACCUCCUUUAAAUCCAAAUAAGCCGGGCUUGAAUAGAGUCAUACUGAAAAGUAGGGCUGUAGUUGAAAAAGUCGCAAAACCAGGUAGAGGUGGUAAGAAGAUCAGUCAAGGUUCAAGCAAUCAAAAAGGUACUAUCGUAUGGGGUGUUGGUGUUUUACCGGAUCAUAAUUUCGUUACUUCUGAUUCUUUGGGCAAUGUAACCUUUUGGGAUGGUGCGACUAUGGCACAAAAGCAGAAUUUCAGAGCUCAUAAAGCAGAUGGAAUGUGUCUCACCAUAGGACCAGGAGGACGAAGCGUCUUCACUUCUGGACCAGAUCAACGGGUUUGUCAAUUCAUAAAUGUACCUUCUACCUCCGGAAGUGGCUCUCAAUGGGUAUUGACAUCGUCAAAACGAGUUCAUUCACAUGAUGUUCGAGCAUUAGCUAUAUUCCCACCUUAUAUUCCAAUGUCAUCAAAUCACCCAUUGGCUCAGCCGACACUGAACCCAUCAUACGCACCGGUAUUAGCAUCAGGUGGAUGGGAUAUGUCACUGUCGCUUACAUCAGCCGGUACACCCGAUCUCCUGUCCGAGAGACUGAAGAACGCUUUAUCGAAACCGAGAGGAGCGGUAAGAGCUAUAUUUGAAGAAUCUUUCUCCAGAAAAAUGGGUUAUCUCAGUGGUGGAAGGAUGAACAACAGAAUCAGUUUCGCUAAAUCUGCAAGGUUGGUUUUGGGUAGAAAAGAUAGAGGUGUGGGUAUUUGGAAAAUAUUGGAUGACGAAGAAGGUUGGGAGAAAGUUUUGGAAAUGGAGUUGAAGCUUCGAACGAAUCUCAUUUCAUCCAGCAUCUCCUCGGAUGGGAAAUGGUUAGCAGUUUCCGAUUUAUACGAAACCAAAUUAUUCCAUCUAUCUUCCCAGGGCAAUACCAUUCGACCAACGCGAAUCAAGUCAUUCCUCAAUACUCUAUCAUCUUCCCCUCUACUCGAACAUCUAUCGAUCGGUUUAAGAGGCUCGGGAUCAUCGUCCAUAUUAUUCACGCCUGAUUCUCAACGAUUAGUACUAGGUUCGAUAACAACUGGUCAACUGAUAGUGAUCGAAUUACAAGAAGACUUUGAUGAAGAUGUCAACGUGAUCAAAUGCUUCGCAAGAGAAGAUAAGAUUGUUGAUGGUCGAGUGGUAAAAGGAAAACCAAAUGGACAUACCAAUGGGGAUGUCAAUAUGUCAGAUGAAAGUGACGAAGAUGACGAAAGCGACGACGAAGUGCCAUCAAACAAGGAAGAGAAGUCAGCUUGGGUAUCUUGUCUCGCAGUCAGUGAGGAUGGUCAAUGGUUGGCUGCGAGUGAUCUAGACGGUAGAACCGGAGUAUGGAAUCUGGACACUUUACAGCUACACGCAACCCUGCCCACCCUUCCCCACUCACCUAUAUCACUGUCUUUCCCACCUUCAUCACCUCUUUUGCUACUUGCACUUCCCUCAAAUACGCUUCAAUUCUACCAUCUAGAACAUCGAAGAUUGCUUCCACCUUCCAUGCAACUAUACGAUCUGCAGAAUUCCUUGGCAUCACUUCAUACACCUUUACACGGGAUCAGUUUUUCAUCUUCACGAGAAGGCAAAACGGUGAAAACGAUAAUCUGGGGAAUGGAUUAUCUUGUGACGAUCAAACUUGAUUUAGAUUCAAUAACGAAAAUAAAAGGACGGAGAACAUCUGAAUCACCAAGCCUUAUUCCAUCAAUUGAUACUUCCCCAAUAGGACUCGUCAAUGGGAACGGUGGAUCAUUGAGUAAAGCGAUGAGAAAGAAAAGAGCAAGAGAAGCGAAAGAACAGAGAGAUAAUUUGGACAGUCCAUCUUCAGACCAAAUUGAUAAUUUAAGUAAUCAUGGUAAAGAAGAAGAAGGAUGUAAGAUUGUCAGAGAUAGAUUCAAGAAUAUAUUAGGAGUAGGGUGGGUUCAAGAGGAAAUGGUCAUUGUUGAAAGACCUUUAGGUGAUUAUGCUGGUGAAUUACCUGGUGGAUUCUGGACAGGCGGAUUUGGAAGAAGUUAG